AUGUCGCUGACCAGAGGACAGAAACCCUACUCCUGCUGGUCCUACUACCAUUUCACAAGCAUUUACAUUGUAGUGAGAUUUUUUACAGAGACAAUGGUUAACACUAUUUCUAUAUUUGAACAUCCCCUGGUUUUAUGGUUGUGGGGUACUCAACUCCCAUCCAGGAAUUCUACUAAAAAAGAAUUCAAAAAACAGCCAAAGAUACAGCCUUCUACGGACAGGUAAGGGAAUAGCUGCUACAGCUAUCGUAUUAGAUAGGGUUAUUAAAAGAUGGUGGUCAGAGUAAGAUAGAGAUUGGAAUAGAGGAUGGUUUGUUAAUAGGCAUCAUCUCUAUAAAUAACAUAGCUUUCCUGUACAUUUAAUAUUGUCAUCUUGAAAUUAAUGGGAGUAAUAUAAGGGUUAAAAUCCUUAAUAUGUGAAUUGAAUUUUCAUCUGUUAAGACUACCUAUCAGAUAAGCUAAAACAAGCAAACCAAUGAAUGUGUGUGGCGUAGUCCAUUUGUAGUGAUAAAAUUUGAAAUAAAAUAAGCAGGCAUGAUAAACAGGGGUGCAAAAAAAAAAAGUUAAAUAUGUAGGAAUUAAUAAAGGUGUUUUGAGACCCUGAUCAGACAGCACCAUCCUGGGAUAAAAUGCAGGAUGACAUUAAUUUGAGAAAUCAAAGUUAAUUAGUUAACCACACAAAUAAUAAUUUAAAACGUCACUUUUAAUAAGUCAAUUAAAAGUCCCUUUCUAGUGGGGACACUAAACACACACUAUCACACAAAAAUAAUUAAACACAAAAUAAUAAUAAUAAACAUGAUAAACAAAAAAUAAUAAUAAAUGAUAACUAGAUGAUUUCACUAAAAGGAAAUUGUAUAGUUAGGUACCUUCUAUGGACAUAACAGCCCCUUGAAUAAAGUCCUAUAGUAUAAUUAUCUUAAAUCACAUAAGUGAAUUUAUGUAUAAAGUUUUCCACUUAUUGUCAAAUAGGUACAUGUAAGGGUAGAUGAAUCUAUGUGCUAGUGUAUUAUAGGCAGGUAAUUAUUCUGGAUGAAGGAUAAUAUCCCCUAGAUAUUCUAGAAUUUCUAUUAGCUUUACAUUCCCCUCGGUGUUAAUUCACCCGUUUACUAAUUUGUAACCAUUCACACAGUUAAACUAAAGGACCAAAUAUAACAUUUAUUGCUUGUUAUUGUAGCUGUAAUUUACUAUUAUGGUUACUGUACGGUCUGAAGUUAAAGUACAGGGAAUCGCCUUUUUGUUAAAUGUUCACUUAUCUCAAUUCCCAAGACCCCACCGGAAGAAAUAAGUUAAACGUGCACUAUCUAUAUCCCGACCUCGUUGGCUACAAACUAAUGUAGAUCAUAGAGUAACCCGUUUGUGUUGUAUCAUAAAAGGAAGGAGAAGGGGGAAAGAACAAAAGAUUCUUACAUGCUCUCCCUGUUGUGCCUUCAAGGGCACCUUCUGUCAAUGGAACAUAUCCUCACUAUCCCUAGCCUAUUAAUACCCCAAAUACCGGCCCCCUACGUCAAUGGUAUAGCAAGGGGAGACGGCUUGUUGGAGAAAUGAAUGCCCUUAAUAAGAACUCCUCUAAUAUACGGGAGAUUUUAUGAUUAAUCAGAUAGUAGAUAAAUCUGCUUUAGCAUCUCAUAGAUUGGCAAUCUUAAUGCCGUACUCAUCUAUUCCCUACAGCAACCUAAACGCCGUGACGCGCGUUUACCCUGUCAGUUCAUCAGAGGGAAACCGGGAACCUCACUUUCCCAGUGAUACACCCUUAAAAACAGGGAAAGGCUCCUCUUCUCUCCUCUUUUCUUCUUUUUUUCUAAUUCAAAACACAAAUAAUAAUGCAUAAUAUAUAAUGGCUUCUUUUACCAUCUCCUAAACACACUCGGUUAUUCCAGAAAUAGAAUUUCAAAUGUAUGAAAUAUUAAAAUUCAUUAAUCACUUUUUCUUUCCUAAAUAGGCUUAAAGCGGAGCCCCAGAUAUUACCCCAGGUAUCACCUAAUCUGGAUGUUUGUCCAGAUCCUGAGAAGGGUAAGAAAUGGGAGCCAUGGAAGCAGAAAGGUGGGCUUGUGAAAGAAACUCGAAAAAUUUACCAACACGGCAGAAAGAGUCUUCGCUUUCCCCCUUCUGUUACAUCUAAAUUUGCAGAGCUUGAUGAAAGGUAAAUACUGUAUGAUCAUAAUGAUCAAUGGAGGAGGGGGGAAUCUUGUGCUUAUUUUCUGUUUUGUUGAUGUUUUGUUUUAACAAAUUCACAUGUUAACCUCUAUACUGCUGUGAGAAUUAGCCUGACCAUUUUGUGUCUUGUGUUUUUCUUUAAAAGCUUUAGACGUACCUUUGUCAGCUAUGGAAUAGAGCAUAAGAUUCCCGAAGUACCAUACUCUAUUCGGGUGACUCCAACAAAAACCAACAAACUGAAGACGUGUGCUCGGCUACCUAGGUAAGUGUAUCAUGAGACACAGAAUAACUGACCACAAUGCUAUUAGGACAUCCAAAUGAAACUGCAGUGUCCUCAGUAAGCCAAUACCCUGGUUCCCUCACUGGCUGUCUGUGUACACAGAAAACCAAUGAGAGAAAAAACUCAGACAGAGAAAGAUGUCAAUGCUCUUUCUGAACCAAAAUUUCCUAAACACACUCAGUUAUUCCAGAAAUAUAUCAUCCACUGUGUGAAAUAUAAAACUUCACUAAUCACUUUUUCUUUCUUAAAUAGGCUACCUCUUAAAGCUGAGCCCCAGCUAUUGCCCCAGGUAUCACCUAAUCUGGAUGUUUGUCUAGAUCCUGAGAAGGGUAAGAAAUGGGAGCCAUGGAAGCAGAAAGGUGGGCUUGUGGAAGAAACUCGAAAAAGUUACCAACAAGUCAUAGAGAGACUUCGCUUUCCCCCUUCUGUUACAUCUAAAUUUGCAGAGCUUGAUGAAAGGUAAAUACUGUAUUAUCAAAUAAAUCAAUGGGGGGAAUCUUGUGCAUUUUUCUAUUGUUGAUAUUUUGUUUUAACAAAUUUACAUUUUAACCUCUACGCUGGGUGAUAUAAGAAGUAGACUGACCAUUUUGUGUUUUGCAUUUUUCUUUAAAACCUUUAGACAUACCUUUGUCAGCUUUGGAAAACAGGAUAAGAUUCCCGAAGUACCAUACUAUAUUCGGGUGACUCCAACAAAAACCAACAAACUAAAGAUGUCUGCUCGGCUACCUAGGUAAGUGUAUCAUGAGACACAGAAUGAUUGACCACAAUGCUAUUAGGACAUCCAAAUAAAACUGCAGUGUCCUCAGUAAGCCAAUACCCUGGUUCCCUCACUGGCUGGCUGUGUACACAGAAAACCAAUGAGAGAAAAAACACAGACAGAGAAAGAUAUCAAUGCUCUUUCUGAACCAACAUCACAAAUCAGUGGGGAGUGCUAUGGCAACGUAACUUACUAAGCAUUACCUAAUUUCCAUAAGGAAUGCAUUUCAAAAUAAACAGAAGCUUUUAUGGUACGAAUAAACUACUGAAAUUGCUGUAACCAGAAUCGAAUAUAUGAGACAAAUGACCUCAUAGUGUCACUAUAAGCUGUCACAACGACAGGGUUGGGGAACCUUAGGCCCUCCAGAUGUUCUGGACUACAUCUCCAUUGAUGCUUUGCCAGUAUUAUGGCUGUAAGAGCAUUAUAGGAGAUGCAGUCCAAAACAUCUGGAGAUUCCGAAGGCUCCCCACCCCUGGUCUACGGAGAGGUAAGUGGACAGCGGCUGCAGGUAUCAUAUUAGAUAGGGUUAUUAGAAGAUGGAGGUCAGAGUUGGAUAAAAAUUUGAAUAAAGGAUGGUUUGCUCAUGGGCAUCACCUCUAUAAAUAACAUAGCUUUCCUUUAGAUGUAACAGUUUUAUCUUAAAAUGAAUGGGAGUAAUAUACGGGUUAAAGUACUUAAAAUAUUAAUGAAUUUCAUCUUUUAGUUAUUUUUCUCAACAGACAAGAUAAAAAAUGAACUAAAAAAUGAAUGUGUGUAGCCUAGCCCAUUUGUAGUGAUUGAAAUGAAAUAAGCAGGCAUGGUAUCCUGGGGUGGAAAAAAUAAAUAAAAUAUAUAGGAAUUAAAAAAGGUUUUUGAGGUCCUAAACAGACAGCACCAACAGGGAUGAAAUGCAGGAUGAAAUUAGUCCAGACAUUUCAUAGGUUUUACUAAUCAAAUUUAAUUAUUUAACCAUUACAAUACGACCCAAAUAAUAAUAAUGUAUAAUAUAUAAUGGCUUCUUUUAUCAUCUCCUAAACACACUCAGUUAUUCCAGAAACAAAACAUCCAAUGUGUGAAAUAUGAAACUUCACUAAUCACUUUUUCUUUCAUAAAUAGGCUACCUCUUAAAGCUGAGCCCCAGAUAUUGCCCCAGAUAUCACCUAAUCUGGAUGUUUGUCCAGAUCAUGUAAAGGGUAAGAAAGGGGAGCCAUGGAAACAGAAUGGUGGGUUUGUGGAAGAAAUUCUACACAAUUUCCAACAAGGCACAAAGAGACUUUGCCUUUCCCCUUCUGAUACAUCUAAAUUUGCAGAGCAUGAUGGAAGGUAAAUACUGUAUUAUCACAUUAAUCAAAAGGGGGUGAGGAGGAGAGGGGGGAGGGGGAUUGUUGAUGUUUGUUUUAACAAAAUGAGAUUUAACCUCUAUGCUGGGUGCUGUAAUAAUUAGCCUGACCUUUGUUUUUUGUGUGUUUUUCUUCAAAAGCUUUAGACAUAACAAUGUCAGAUAUGGAAAAGAGGAGAAGAUUCCCGAAGUGCCAUGCUAUAUUCGGGUGACUCCAACAAAAACCAACAAACUAAUGACAUAUGGUCAGCCACCUAGGUAAGUGUAUUGUGAAACACAGAAUGAUUGACCAUAUAUACAUACAUAUAGACAAAUAAAACUGCAGUGUCCUCAGUAAGCCAAUACCCUGGUUCUCUCACUGGCUGUCUGUGUACACAGAAAACCAAUGAGAGAAGAACCACAGAUAGAGAAACACGUCACUGCUCUUUCUGAACCAACAUCACAAAUCACUGGGAAGUACUACGGCAAUGUAACUUACUAAGGAUGAUCUAAUUUCCAUAAUGAAUGCUUUGUAAAAUAAACAGAAGCUUUUAUGGUACAAAAUAAACUACUGAAAUUGCUGUAACCAGAAUGUAUUAUAUGAAAUAUAAAUGAUCUAAUAGUGUCACUAUAAUUGUGCGAUAACUGAUAAAUACAAAGUGAUAGGGUGGCUGACAGACCAAAGUGAGAGGAUAGCUGAAGAGGAAUAAGAUAAGUGAAAAAAUGGGCUGAUGGAUGGAAAGGGAGGAAAGGAUAGAAUUGUUACAAUUGUAUUUUGACUUUUCCUAUUUAAUUGCAGGGACCCAUUCCGUUUAACUAAAGUAAAGCCUACAUUACUUCCAAGACAAAACGUAGCAACUGAAAAGGCUGCAAGUGUCCCAGAAAAGGAAGUGGUCAAAAAAGGACCAGAAAAUGAAAAAGAUUCUGCUGAGUAUUAUAAACAGAAUACUAUUCUACAGCCUGAACCUGUCACAAGUCUAGAAGAUAUUCCUUGUCCUUUGCUGCAGUCUAUGUCUCUAGAGCCUACAGCUGUUGUCACAUGUUUAGAAAACAACAAUUCUCUAGAAUGCCCUGUUUGCACUAUCGAACCUUAUACAAAUAGAUUGACAGAGGAUAUGCCAGUGAACCUUAGUCACCCACAGUCCACUUUCAGUUCAUCUAACCCUACAAAUCUAGAUUCACAGAACCCAGUCACAGGUCAUUGUCAUUUGCUGCAGUCUAUGUCUCUAGAACCUACAGAGGUUGUCAUGUGUUUAGAAGACAACAAUUCUCUCGAGUGCCCUUUUCGUACUAUCGAACCUCAUACAAGUGAAUUGACAGAUGAGUUGACUGUAAACCUUGAUCAGCCACAGUCCACGUUAAGUUGUCCAUCUGAGCCUACAAAUAUAGAUUCUCAGGACCCAGUCACAGUUGGUCCUUCACUGCAGUCUAUGUCCCUAAAGGCUCCAGAGGUUGUCACAUGUUUAGACGACAACAUUUUUUUAGAGUGCCAUGUUUGUGCAAUCGAACCUCAUAUUCUGCCACAGUCCACUUCAGGUUGUCAUCCUGAGCCUACUAAUUUAGAUUCUCUGGAGACUGUCACAGUUCAGGAACAGAGAAUUCUUCUUGAUGUCCCAGUUUGUCCUGCUAAACCACACACUAAUGAAAUGUUAGAGGAGCUGUCAGUAAACUCUGCCACUGUGAUUUAUCCUUCUGAGAUGACUUUGGAUUCCCCCACUCUUAAGCAUGAGGAGUUGUUUCUAAUUAAGCAAGAGACCGCCCCUGAGCAGAAGCAAAUUGAGAUAGAGAAUAAUCAGCCUGCAUCAUAUAGGAGCCUGAGCAGUGACCCUAAAAAACAAGGAUUGCCAGAAACAGAAGAAAAAGAACAACCUGGUAAGGCUGAUGUGGUUCCAAAGCCAAUUACAGAAAGCCAAGACCUUGCAGUACCUUCACUCCAAGAUAAGUUGGAUAUCAAAGCAAAGGUAGAAAGGGUAUCCUACGACAGGAAUUUCUUACUCCAGUUCAAAUCGAUCACGGAGGAACCAAAGGACUUUUCUGAAAUCUGUAAAAUCCACCAAGGCAUGGUUAUUAGACCUCACCUUCGGCCAGUGGAUCCAUCACAAUUAACUCGCAGAAAUUGGACACCUCAAUCUGGAAAUUCCUGCUACCCUUCUAAGGGUAAUCGCAGAUUGCCACCGGGAAUCCAUCAGAUGAGGUCUCCGCAAGCUCCUGUUAAAGAACAUCGACGAAUCCUUGAACUAAAUGAGAAUGUGAAACUGCAAAAAUGUGAAAAAGCUUGGAGACCUCCCAUGAAAAGGGAAACCGAAGAUCCCAGUAGAGUCAAGGCUGAAGAACUGUUUCGGAAAGUUCGCGGUAUCUUGAAUAAGAUAACUCCUCAGACAUUCGAGCACUUAAUUCACCAGGUAAAGGACCUCUCUGUAGACACAGAGCAUCAGCUUAAAGGAGUCGCAGAACUCAUAUUUGAAAAAGCAGUAGCAGAGCCUCAUUUUGCAGUUAUAUAUGCAAACAUGUGCAACUGGCUAAUGAGGCUUGAGGUCCCAACUGAAGAAAAUCGUGAAGUGUGUAUUACAUUCCGCAGGCUGCUGAUAAGGCUCUGCCAGGUGGAGUUUGAGAGACGUGAAAAAGGUGGUGAAAGAAUUGAAGAACUUCAGAAGGAACUGGACGCAACUAUAUCACCUAAUGAAAAGGCUCGAAUAAAGGAAGAAUUGAAUGAUGCCUGUAAAAGAGCACGCAGGCGAUCCCUUGGAAACAUCAAAUUUAUUGGGGAGCUAUUUAAAUUAAAGUUACUCUCAGAAGCCACCAUAAAAGACUGCCUUAUUAAGCUACUAAAUAAGAACACCGAGGAGUCCAUGGAGUGCAUCUGCCAGUUGUUGACAUCAGUUGGAAAACACCUUGAAAAUGGACAGCCUGGCAUGGACAAUUAUUUCAACAAGCUUAAUAUCUUUAUAAAAAACAAGACCUCUUCUAGGAUUAGAUUUUUGGUGCAGGAUGUGCUGGACCUGAGGAAAAAUAACUGGGUACCGCGACACAAACCUGAGGGGCCAAAAACAAUUGACCAAAUUCAUAAAGAGGCAGAACAGGAAUCCAAAAAAAAAGUUCAGUAA